AUGGCAGGCGUUGGAGCGAGAUGUCGGAAAAGGCUGCGGCAGGAGAACGCGUGCCCCGACGCGCAGGUCGCGCGCGUAUGGCCACCCGACACCGCACUCCCCCGCCUCCGGUGUCCCCACGGCGUGUAUGCAAACGUGAAACACGCCGUGUGCCUGGGCGCGUACGAUUUCUCACAAGCACUUCUUGUUCGAUCGUUUUGUCGCCUCGCAGCACCUCCUCGAUCGGCAGCAAUGGCCGUGAAGAAGGACAACAAGGCGGCGGCAUCCUCGUCGUCGGCGAAGCCCGCCAAUGCCGGCAGUGGGAAGCAGCAGCAGAAGAAGAAGAACUGGAGCAAGGGGAAGCAAAAGGAGAAGGUCAACAACGCCGUGCUGUUCGACCAGGCCACCUACGACAAACUGCUGUCCGAGGCGCCCAAGUACAAGCUCGUCACCCCCUCCGUCCUCUCUGAGCGCCUUAGGAUCAAUGCGUCCCUGGCUAAGAAGGGCAUCAAGGACCUGAUGGCAAGGGGGCUCGUGAGGGAGGUGUCCCUUCAUGCCAGCCAGCAGAUUUUCACCAGGGCUACCAAUGUACCAUCGAGUUAGUUAUAUUUGCUAGUGGCGUUUUUCUAGUCCAGCACUAGGCUAAUAAGAAAAUGAGUUGUAGAUUAAUAAA